UGGGUGGAGGCCUCGAAGAAUACGUUCGCGCUCAUGUCUAGUAUCUUGAGUAUCGUGAACCCCGCCCAGUACCGGCAGGGUUUACGGUGUAUGCGACGCCUGGGCCGCAAGGAGGCAGUAAAGGACAGCGUGGGAAUGUGGGGAUCUGUUUUUAACGCAGUCACGGUCCUUGCUAAUCGGGAGAGCUUGUUCCAUCGGGAUGGGAGUGGCCGCUUCGAGUGGUUUGAUAUGCUUGCUACCUAUGGCAGGUACACCGACGGCCAGUUGUCCCUCCCUGCAGCCGGUCUGGACCUGCACUACCGACCCGGUACAGUUGUUCCAUUUUGCGGCAAUGUCCUCAGGCACGGUGUGCCACACUGUAAUGGAGAGCGUAUUUGUUUAGCUUAUUACAUGCGGCACAAGCUACACGUCCAGACCAAGACUGGACCAACAGACUGGGCAUAUUCGAGCGAUACAUAG